GAGAGAGGAGAGAGGAGAGAGGGAGAGAGUGUGAGUGUGACAGCGACUGAGAGUCAAAAUACUACGAAUAACUCCCCUUCGCCAAAAGGAAAAAAAAGCCUCCUUGGUUAGGUUUUUCCUCCUCGCUCUCAGACCUCCAUUGAGUCUUCAUACUAAGCAUAACCCCUUAAUACUAAAAAAUGUUUCUACCCCGUUUCUCCAUCAUCACCACCAUUGUCGUUUUGGCAAUCCUCCCUCAGUUCCGGGGAGACCCAGAGUUUGAACUCUGCCACAACAAGUUCGAACCCUCUUCUUCAUUCUCAAAAGCUCUCGAAUUCCUCCAGGGCCAAAUUGGGUACAAUUUCAAGAGUGUUGGUCUGCUCAGGCGGGCUAUGACCCACUCAUCCUAUUCGGAAGAGAACAACAGGGCAUUGAGCAUUUUUGGUGCCAUUAUCAUUGAAACAUCAGUCUCUCUGUAUUACUUAAAAAAGGACAUUGAUAUUUCCCCUGAAGAGUUGACCACUCGGAUCACCGAUGUCUCCAAGGUGGAAACUUCUUGUGCCAAGGAUGGGACUCGUCUGGAAUUGCAUAAGGUGGUUAGAGUUUCUCACAAGAGCAGGACCAAUUCUUCGACUCCUUCUGUCGUUUGUGGAGCUUUCCGGGCAAUCUUUGGUGCCAUUGCUAUCGAUGCAGGAAACUGUGAUGAGGCCGGAAAAGUUUUUUUGGUUCUUCAUGGUGGAAAAGCUGGAGAAGCUCUUGCUUCUUAGUGGUGUGAUUCUUCACUUAAUCCGCUUGUAGAUUUUAGUUUCUAGCUAACAUGUUUGAUGUCGUCUGUUCUUGCGAAUGUUGUUUGUGUGAAACUUAUGUACUUACCUAUGUUUAGAUGAUGCUUUGAAGAAUAAUUUUAUAGGAUUGCAAUGUAUCUUUAGUCUUUAUAUAUGCUAUGCACUAUGUAGCUGUGCAUUUGUGCAUUUCUUCAUGCACUCAGACUAUUCAGAUUUCAGGGUUAAUAUUGAGAAAAAGAUACAGUAAAUGAGCCAUAAGUAAUGGUAAUACUCAUGAUAUGGUUUAAACUUUCA